UUUGGUGGCCCUUUGGUGUUGCUUGGGGUGGAAUUUGUUUGAGGUUUAGUAUAUGUUUCCAAAAACUAAAGUAUAUGUUUGAUUGAGUGGGAAAAUUAAGAAGGAAAGUGCCAUGUGGUGAGCUCAGAGAUCUGCACAUGGCUCCCCAAAUUCCCAAGCUCUAAACCAUUAGGGUUUUGAGUUUUCCAAGAGAAUCAUCAGUUGCAGAGGAAGCAACAACCACCAUUCUCAUUGGCACCCCAUUUUUAAAUCCACACACUUGAUUGAAAACUGUGUGUGACCUUGUCUCAAUUCAUCUCAUCUUUAUUAUACCCAAAAGAUUUCACAUUUAUAAUCUCAAAUCACCCCCAACCCUAUAUUUAUCUCAUCCCCACCUCACAAAUCUCCUAACCCAUCAAAAAAAUCUCAACUUUUUUUCUAAAUUUUUAGUUUUUACUCCUCCCCACUUCACAAAUCUUUAAACCCAUCACAAAAAUCUCAACUUUUUUCAAAAUCUUUAGUUUCUUGAAUUUCAUGAGUUUGAAAAACAGAGUUGCAGAUCAAAUGGUUAUGGAUUCCUCUGUUUUUUCUCUUAAAAACCCAUGGAUUGUUUCUUUUCUAAUCCCCAUUUUCACUUUUCCUUUUCUAAAUUUCACAAUGUUCAUCAUCAUCACAACUUUAUUAUUGUGUGGUUUUGCAUAUGUGUUCUUGACACACUCAAAAGUUAUUCACCAUGAAGAUAAAAAUAAAGAUUCAGAUCAAAUUGAUUCAAAUCAAGAAGAUAAUGUUGAAAUUAAAGGGUGUUUGGAUGUGGGUUCACCGGAAUCUUGCUCAGAAAGUGAAAUAAUUGAUCCAUUUACAUGUACAACUGAAGAAGAUUCCGAAUUUGAUGCGUGGGAAUAUUCCGGCGAGGUUUGCCGGAGAUCCGGCUGCUCCGACGGCACAAUUUCCGAUGAGGAGAGCUUGAUAGAGAUUGAACUUUUUGGUGGAAAAUAUGAUGGGUAUAACUACAAGGGGUACAAAGAUGAAGAAGAACCGAAGAUAAGUCGCCGGAAAAAGUCACCGGAUUCUGUUUUGUGGUGGCCGGAGAUGAGUGAAGAGGAAAAUAUGAUAGAAAUUGACUUAUCGGUGGGGUCAAUAAAGUGCUCACGAGUUGAAAGUAAAGCAUGAGUUAUCAAGAGUUCAUGAUGAUGUUUCAUUGUUUUGUAUUCCUUUAGGGUGUAAAAGGUUUUUUUGUAAUCCUAAAAUGGAUUAGGUGUCUUUUUAACCCAAGAAAAAGGAUUAUAUUUGUGAAAUUAGGGUUUUUGAUUAUUGUCAAUGUAAUAACACAUAAUCUAGAUUUGUUUAUAUUUAUUAUAUUAUGUUAUCUUAUAUAUUUUAACA